AUGGUCAUCUCAGAUGAUGCAGAGCCUUGCUUGAGGCCCACACUGCAUCUCUGCGUUCUUAAACGUGAAGAGGGUGAGUCCUUCAGCUUCCACCUGCGUGUGGAGAAGGGCUGCCUUGGACGUGUGAUCAGACAUGUGACGCCAUGCGGGGUGGUGGAGCGCGGUGGUCUCAGAGACGGGGAUCGACUCCUGGAGGUCAAUGCGGGCUUUGUGGAUGACAUGAUACACCCAAAGGUCAGAUGGCCGAUGACCUAUAGUGGCCAUGCGGGAGAAGGGACGGAUCUCAGUGAGCCUGGUGAGCGGGGUCCACCCGAGAGAGCGGGGGUGUGUAGGGGAGACCGCCUGUUGUGGAUCGAUGGCAACACAGUGUCAGAGCUCACAAACUCUGUUCUCAGCAAGAUGGUGAAGAAGUGCAGGGACCACAUGACCAUCCUGGUGAUUGACAGUGAGAGUGAGCAGAGCUAUGCACGUUGGCGGAUGCCUAUCCUCCCCACCAUGGCUGGUUCCCACCACAACCUGCCACAUUCACCCAGGAAACUCCAGCUGGUCCCUGGACCCAAGGGCAGAGAGGAGAUGACACCGUCAGGAUGCAAAGCCCACGUAAUGCGUGAGGUAGACCAAGGCAGCCCGGCUGAGAUGGCAGGCAUUGAGGAAGGAGACCUGCUACUUGAGAUCAAUGGAGAGGCAGUGGAGUCACUGGGCCAUGAGGACAUAGUGGACAGAGUACGGAAGAGUUGCCAACAAAAUUGGAGAGGAAACUGCCUGCAGAAAAUGUUGACCCCUGCCAUCACAGCCCGUGGCCAAGAGUUUUACACGCAGUUGGAUCUAUCCCAUCUGCUCUUCUGUGGGAGUAAUGCAGUUGAACAGGUAAAGGAAAAUGAGAACCUAGCCCCACCACCACUCCGAGUUGUAGUGGAGGUUCCAAAGGAAGAACCAGUGGUGCUGCCCACUGUGCCUAGUCCUGUGCCCAGUCCACGGCUUUGUGUUCUCCAGAAAGGACCUCUGGGUUUCGACAUUAUCUUGGGCUGUGUCCAGGACACCCCUGGAAUCUUUGUAAGCCAGGUGGUGCUGGGGGGCUCUGGGAGUAGAGCAGGACUUUUGGUGGGGGACGUGGUGAUGGAAGUGAACGGACAGAACAUGCAGGAGAACUGUCUGGAGGAUGUGAUGGUUCUGGUUCAGGAGGGAGGAAAUUCUCUUUCUCUUCUGGUUGUGGAGAAGAGUGGGUACAACAAGCUCGGACAGAGCCAGAGUCCCUUUACUGCUGUAGAGGCUACGCUGCUCUGA